GUAACAACUCCAUGUAGCUCGCCUAAACCUUCGAAGACAUCUCCAACUACUCCUAGAACUACUAAUGCCACAUUACCCAACAUUACCUCUAGGAGGCCAACAACUCAGAAAACACUCAUCACAAGUACUCGGAAAGUCACUACGUCGACUACCACCACUACCACCACUCCGAACACUGAGAUAAUAUUCGAACCACCAACAACCAGUGCAACCACUACUGCUAAAACCCCUCAAUCAAAAACAACUACUACUGCCAAAACUCCACAAUCAAAGACAACUACUACUGCCAAAACGCCUCAAUCAAAGACAACUACUACUGCAAAAACUCCUCAUUCAAAAACUACUACUACUGCCAAAACGCCUCAAUCAAAAACAAGUACUACUACUAAACGUCCUCAAUCAAAGACAACUACUAAGGCCAAGACUCCUCAAUCAAAGACAACUACUACUACUAAACGUCCUCAAUCAAAGACAACUACUACUGCCAAAACGCCUCAAUCAAAGACAACUACUACUGCCAAAACUCCUCAUUCAAAAACUACUACUACUGCCAAAACGCCUCAAUCAAAAACAAGUACUACUACUAAACGUCCUCAAUCAAAGACAACUACUACUGCCAAGACUCCUCAAUCAAAGACAAGUACUACUGCCAAAGCUCCUCAAUCAAAAACAAGUACUACUGCCAAAACUCCUCAAUCAAAGACAACUACUACUACUAAACGUCCUCAAUCAAAGACAACUACUACUGCCAAAACGCCUCAGUCAAAAACAAGUACUACUGCUAAACCUCCUCAAUCAAAGACAACUACUACUGCCAAAACUCCUCAAUCAAAGACAACUACUACUGCCAAGACUCCUCAAUCAAAAACUACUACUACUGCCAAAACGCCUCAAUCAAAAACAAGUACUACUACUAAACGUCCUCAAUCAAAGACAACUACUACUGCCAAGACUCCUCAAUCAAAGACAAGUACUACUGCCAAAACUCCUCAAUCAAAGACAACUACUACUACUAAACGUCCUCAAUCAAAGACAACUACUACUGCCAAAACGCCUCAGUCAAAAACAAGUACUACUGCUAAACCUCCUCAAUCAAAGACAACUACUACUGCCAAAACUCCUCAUUCAAAAACUACUACUACUGCCAAAACGCCUCAAUCAAAAACAAGUACUACUACUAAACGUCCUCAAUCAAAGACAACUACUACUGCCAAAACUCCUCAUUCAAAAACUACUACUACUGCCAAAACGCCUCAAUCAAAAACAAGUACUACUACUAAACGUCCUCAAUCAAAGACAACUACUACUGCCAAAGCUCCUCAAUCAAAAACAAGUACUACUGCCAAAACGCCUCAAUCAAAAACAUCAACCACUGCCAAGACUCCUCAAUCAAAGACAACUACUACUGCCAAAACUCCUCAAUCAAAGACAACUACUACUGCCAAAACUCCUCAAUCAAAGACAACUACUACUGCCAAAACGCCUCAAUCAAAAACAAGUACUACUGCCAAAACUCCUCAAUCAAAGACAACUACUACUGCCAAAACUCCUCAAUCAAAGACAACUUCUACUGCCAAAACGCCUCAAUCAAAAACAACUACUACUACCAAAGCUCCUCAGUCAAAAACAUCAACCACUGCCAAACCACCUGAUAAAUUUAGAUCAACAACUACAGUCAAAACUCCUCAAUCAAAAUCUUCAACCAAAACACCGAAAUCUACUACUAGUAGUACUACUGCCAAAACGAAGCCAACCAAAACUUCUAAUAUAACUACGAAAGCUCCAAAGACGACGAGACCCGGUAAGAUCAAUCGAAAACUAGGGUAUUUUCUCAUCCAAAAUGGAGCUUUCCAUACGGGCUCUUCCUACAGAAAGUGAAGAAACGAUAGCAACAUCUGGUCGUCUUCUGUUUUUCAUUUAUUUUAGUGAAAAGAACCUAAUUUUCAGUGAAUAAACAUUUUGCUGAAGAAAACUAUAUUUCUACAGUCUCAAAGGAGGUUUAGUUCAGACGAUUCACAACUAGAAUAUACUGCGAAUGAUAGCCCUUGUGUAAAAUUAAAACCAAUAUCGAUAGAUGGCACACUACUAAAGUACAUCGCAAUUAAAGUCAUAGCUUCCUUCUUGAAUUCAGCUGCAUGUUCGAAAGCAAAAGCAGUUGACCUCGUCAUACUAGUUGAUGCCUCGACAGACAUGG